CCCUCUCUUUCGCUUCCUUCUUUCUUCAUCGUGAAAAAAAAAAUCGGUGGGAGAGAGAGAUGGCGAGGUCGAGAAGAAAGUAUAGGAACUCUAGGGCUAAAGUUCGCGUAGCUCUUCCCAAGAAAAACCCUAAUAUCUUCAAGCCAGCUUUCAAUCUCCCUCCCAAGCUCCGCGCUCUCAUGGCGGACGAUGUCCCCGAAUGGGACGACCAAGCUAGCGUUAUUCAGAACUACAGAUCCUUCGGCGUCAUCUCUAACCCUAAUUUGCUUCGAUCUCGCACCGACCAUAUGAUCCAGGAUGCUUCCCUCAACGUUCCUCCACCUCCGGAACCAUCCACCGAUGAUCCUACUGCUAAGGAGUUCGAGCCCAUCGAUUCCGGAAGCGAACUCGAGGAAGACGACCUUAAGACAGCUUUGGGGAAGCAAAGAAAAGAUGGAAAGAGUGCUCCUUUACAGCCGCUCACGACUAUGCAACGCACACAUAUAAGACGUUUGGUGGAGAAACAUGGAGAUGACUUUGAGGGCAUGUACCGAGACAGAAAGCUAAACUCUAUGCAGCAUUCUAUUGGGACACUACGAAAGCUAUGCACAAGAUAUCAGAUUUACAAAGAUAAGAACCCGAUUUUAGUUCCAUGAUGAUAUGAUCAUCGUGAUAUAAAAUCUUUGUAUUAUCUGUCAUUUUUGUUAUAAUUUGCAACAACACUACAACUGUUAUCAAGUUCCUUUUAAUCUAAAAUCUCGUUUUUCAAGAA